GGAGGGAGUGGUGGGGCAGAAGCUGUCAGACUCUCUUCACUCACUGAUCAGAACUCUGGGAACAGAACGAUAAAAUAGAACCGCCGUGGAGAACGAGGAGCAGAGAGAACGCCAGAGGAGGAACAGAGGAACAGAGGAACAGAGGAACAGAGAGAACAGAGAGGAACGAAGGAACGAAGGAACGGAGGAAGAGAGAGAAAGGAGGACGGCUGUGAGGAACCGUUCUGGUCUGACUGGAUUCCUUCAGUUUGUUUGUCAGAUUGAAUCUCUGGAGGGUUCUGCAGCGUCUGCACAGUUCUUCUGAUUUCUCCCUGGGUUCUGUCCUGGUCCUCUCCUGGUCCUCUCCUGGUCCUCUCCAGGUUCUCUCCUGGUCCUCUCCAGGUUCUCUCCUGGUCCUCUCCAGGUCCUCUCCAGGUCCUCUCCUGGUCCUCUCCUGGUCCUCUCCUGGUCCUCUCCAGGUCCUCUCCUGGUCCUCUCCUGGUCCUCUCCAGGUUCUCUCCUGGUUUCCUCCAGGGUCUGUCCCGGUUCUGUCCCCGUCUCCUCCCGGUUCCUCCCGGUUCCUCCCCCGUUAGAACCCGUUAGAACCCGUCGCCAUGGCGAACGCCAGCGGCUCCUCGGGCUACCAGCACAUCGACGACUGCGAGGCGGCCCACAAGAACCUGUACCGGUUCUACGCGGCGGCCAUGAUCGUGAUCUUCAUCCUGGCGCUGCCGCUCAACGCCUCGGUUCUGCACCUCUUCAUCUUCAAGCUGCGGUUCUGGAAGUCCCGCACCAACAACGUCUUCCUGUUCAACCUGGUCCUGGCCGACGUCCUGCUGCUGUUCUGUCUCCCCAUCAAGGCCCACAACUUCCUGAACGGCGUGCGGCGCAGCGCCGACGACGCCGUGUGCCGCGCCAUGCUCUUCAUGCUGUUCCUCAACCGCGGCGCCAGCGUGGCGUUCCUCACCGUCACCUCCAUCGACCGCUACUUCAACGUGGUCCACCCGGGCCGCAAGAACCUGCUGCGGGUCCUGAAGAAGACCCCCCACAUCUCCGUCCUCAUCUGGCUGCUGCUGCUGCCGCUCACCGUGCCCACCAUGCUGGAGGACCUGGAGUGCUGCAACAGCCUGUCCAACGCCCACAAGGUGGUGGACAGCCUGCGGGAGGUGGUCUUCUUCACGCAGAUCCUGGUCCCCUUCGUGGUCCUGGUCUACUGCACGGUCCACAUCGUGAAGCGGCUCCAGCAGAAGAGCGUCGGGGACAAGACCAAGCUGCGGCGCGCCGUCUUCCUGGUCACCGCCGUCAUGGUGGUCUUCUCGCUCUGCUUCCUGCCCUGCACGCUGGCCCGCAUGGUGCUGCUGGUGGUGCGGGUGAAGGACCUGAGCGAGGCGCACCAGGACAAGGCGGCGGUGGCCUUCGACGGCCUGAUGGUCCUGUCCUACGUGGACUGCCUCCUGGACCCGCUGGUCUACUGCUUCUGCAGCACCAAGUUCAAGGCGCUCUACGUCUCCAGCUACUUCCCCUGCUGCAGGGCCCCGGCGGAGCCCGACAGCUCCGGGGGCGCCCCGGGGUCCGGGACGCGCAACGCCGUCCUCUGAGGACGGGGGGCGGGCCCAGACCCCCUGAGACCCACUGAUACCCACUGAGACCCUCUGAGACCCCCUGAGACCCCCUGAGACCCACUGAGACCCUCUGAGACCCUCUGAGACUCUCUGAUACCCACUGAUACCCGCUGAGACCCACUGAGACCCUCUGAGACCCACUGAGACCCCCUGAGAUCCACUGAUACCCACUGAGACCCUCUGAGACCCACUGAGACCCUCUGAGACCCUCUGAGACCCCCUGAGACCCCCUGAGACCCCCUGAGAUCCACUGAUACCCACUGAGACCCUCUGAGACCCACUGAGACCCUCUGAGACCCUCUGAGACUCUCUGAUACCCACUGAUACCCGCUGAGACCCACUGAGACCCUCUGAGACCCCCUGAGACCCACUGAUACCCACUGAGACCCUCUGAGACCCACUGAGACCCUCUGAGACCCCCUGAGACCCACUGAGACCCACUGAUACCCACUGAGACUCUCUGAUACCCACUGAUACCCGCUGAGACCCACUGAGACCCUCUGAGACCCACUGGUACCCGCUGAGACCCUCUGAGACCCACUGAUACCCGCUGAGACCCAUUGAGACCCUCUGAGACCCACUGAUACCCGCUGAGACCCUCUGAGACUCACUGAUACCCGCUGAGACUCACUGAGACCCUCUGAGACCCACUGAGACCCACUGAUACCCCGAGACCCACUGAUACCCACUGAGACCCUUGAAGACCCACUGAUACCCACUGAGACCCCCUGAGACCCACUGAGACCCACUGAGACCCUUUAAGACCCACUGAUACCCACUGAGACCCCCUGAGACCCCCUGAGACCCACUGAUACCCUCUGAGACCCCCUGAGACCCCCUGAGACCCACUGAGACCCUCUGAGACCCUCUGAGACCCCCUGAGACCCACUAAUACCCACUGAAACCCUCUGAGACCCACUGAGACCCUCUGAGACUCUCUGAGACCCCCUGAGACCCCCUGAGACCCACUAAUACCCACUGAGACCCUCUGAGACCCACUGAGACCCUCUGAGACUCUCUGAGACCCCCUGAGACCCCCUGAGACCCACUAAUACCCACUGAUACCCGCUGAGACCCUCUGAGACCCUCUGAGACCCACUGGUACCCGCUGAGACCCUCUGAGACCCACUGAUACCCGCUGAGACCCACUGAGACCCUCUGAGACCCACUGAUACCCGCUGAGACCCUCUGAGACCCACUGAUACCCGCUGAUACCCCGAGACCCACUGAUACCCACUGAGACCCUUUAAGACCCACUGAUACCCACUGAGACCCCCUGAGACCCACUGAGACCCUUUAAGACCCACUGAUACCCACUGAGACCCCCUGAGACCCACUGAUACCCGCUGAUACCCCGAGACCCACUGAUACCCACUGAGACCCUUUAAGACCCACUGAUACCCACUGAGACCCCCUGAGACCCACUGAUACCCACUGAGACCCUUUAAGACCCACUGAUACCCCCUGAGACCCCCUGAGACCCACUGAUACCCACUGAGACCCUCUGAGACCCCCUGAGACCCCCUGAGACCCACUGAUACCCACUGAGACCCUCUGAGACCCACUGAGACCCUCUGAGACCCUCUGAGACUCUCUGAUACCCACUGAUACCCGCUGAGACCCACUGAGACCCUCUGAGACCCACUGGUACCCGCUGAGACCCUCUGAGACCCACUGAUACCUGCUGAGACCCACUGAGACCCUCUGAUACCCGC